AACAGGUUUUAAUUCUAGAAAUGUGUUGUUAGACCAUGGUUGACAUCCACUCUACGUGACAGUUUCAUUACAGUCAAUAUUCUGAAGCAGAAAUGUUUCGUGAUAAUUCAAUGUUGAAGUCACAUUCAUUAAUAAUAACAGUUGAGCAAUGAACAAUCAACUGAUUAUUAAGAUAUCGGUGUGAACCUGACAGAUCCCAUGUUCAGAGGACUCUACAGAGGGAAGCAGAAACAUGAUGAUGACUUUGAACAGAUCAUCGACAGAGCUCUCAAAACCGGAGUUGAAAAGUUUGUGAUCACAGGAGGAAGCCUUGAAGACAGCAAGGAGGCCCUCACACUAGCUGAGACCAGAGAUGAGUUCUACUGCACAGUCGGCUGCCACCCCACCCGCUGCGGUGAGUUUGAGCAGCAUGGAGAGUCGCAGUACUUCUCAGGGCUGAGGGAGCUGGCAGCAGCACACAGAGGAAAGGUGGUGGCCAUCGGAGAGUGUGGCCUAGAUUUCGACAGGCUGGAAUUUUGCCCCAAAGAGACUCAGCUCAAAUACUUUGAGAAGCAGUUUGACCUGGCAGAGGAGACCAAGCUGCCCAUGUUCCUCCACUGCAGAAACUCCCAUCAGGAGUUCAUCGACAUAAUGAAGAGAAAUCGAGACCGAUGUGUAGGAGGAGUGGUCCACUCAUUUGAUGGGACUGCAGAGGACGCUGCUGCCCUCAUUGACCUGGACCUCUAUAUCGGAAUAAAUGGGUGUUCUUUGAAAACUGAGGCCAAUAUUGAAGCUAUGAAGUCAGUUCCCACUGACAGGCUCAUGAUAGAAACAGAUGCUCCGUGGUGUGGGGUGAAGAACACUCAUGCAGGCUCCAAAUAUGUCGAAACUACAUUUCCCACUAAGAAGAAAUGGGAGGCAGGGCACUGUCUAAAAGACAGGAAUGAGCCCUGUCACAUCAUACAAGUUCUGGAGGUGAUGGCGGCAGCGAGAGAAGAGGAGCCGCUGGAGCUGGCCAGCACCAUAUACAGCAACACCGUCAAAGUUUUCUUUUCGAGCUGAUGGUCGGCCACAUCAAACUUUUAUUAGAUUGACUGAUUUUACUUCACAGCUGAUGAAGGCUCCUUCAUGAAUGUGUGCACAACUGCCUGAGUGAAGUACGGGUACAUGGGAAUUUAUCAUCUAAAAUAAAAGAAAAAAUGUGUUUUUCA